AUGCCGGAAAUCGGAAGCAAUAGCCGCGAUGGCGAUGCUGCGCGUUUGGUAAUUCGCUUCGAGGAUUUGAAACGGCAGGAUGUCAGUAUAGUUGGCGGCAAAAAUGCCUCCAUUGGGGAGAUGAUCGGUACUCUAGAGGAGGAAGGAAUCGCCGUACCCAAAGGGUUUGCAACGACUUCACGAGCCUAUUGGCAGUACGUGAAUGAAAAUGGAAUGCAAGAGAGGAUGGCCUCGUUGAUCGCAGAAUGGCAAUCGGGAAAAGCCUCCCUUGCUGACACUGGUCAUGACGUUCGUGACCUGUUCCUCCGAGGCACCUGGCCCACGAAUAUUGCGAAUGAAAUCACGAACUUCUAUCGCGAUAUGGAGACUAAAACAGGGAUCAAGAACCUGAGCGUCGCCGUUCGAUCAAGCGCGACAGCAGAGGACUUGCCCGAGGCAAGUUUCGCCGGCCAACAGGAGUCUUAUCUGAAUAUAUCUGGCGUGGAUGCACUUCUCGACGCUUGUAAGCGGUGCUAUUCCUCGCUUUUUACAGAUCGUGCCAUUGGAUAUCGUCAGGGCAAAGGGUUCGAUCACUUGCGUAUCGCGCUCUCUAUUGGGAUCCAGCGUAUGGUUCGCUCUGACCUUAGCGGAUCUGGUAUCAUGUUCUCCAUCGAUACUGAGAGUGGUUUCGACAAGACUGUUCUCAUCAACGCAGCCUGGGGACUGGGGGAGAAUGUAGUACAAGGCGCUGUCAACCCUGACGAAUACCGAGUCUUCAAACCGCUAUUGAAUGACACAAAUCUCGUUCCAAUCAUAGGAAAAAAGCGUGGCGACAAGUCAAUGAAGAUGGUUUACGACAAUGAAGGAGAUGAGCCAACACGCAACGUACCAACCUCGAGAGCCGAGCAAACUGCGUUUACACUCGAAGACCGGGAAAUUCUCCAGUUGAGUAGAUGGGGUUGUGCAGUUGAGAAGCACUAUGGAACUCCAAUGGACAUAGAGUGGGCCAAAGAUGGCCUCACAAACGAACUGUUCAUCGUUCAGGCUCGGGCAGAAACGGUUCAAUCGCACCGCGAUACUGCGAUGUUCAAGACAUACGAGGUCAGUAAAAAAGGCCGGCUUCUGGCGUCAGGGUUGUCUAUUGGAGACGCGGCAAUCUCUGGCCGACUUUGCUUGAUCGAAAACAAACAGAACCUUGACAAAUUUGUUCCUGGUUCGAUUUUGGUAGCGAAGGCAACAGAUCCAGAUUGGGGUCCCCUCAUGAAGCUGGCCGCGGCCAUAAUCAAUGAUUGCGCAAGUCAUCCAGGUGGCUCGUGA